AUGACUGAGGUUGCUAUCAAUAACAAUAAUACUGAAGAAAAGGUAGUUCAAGAACAAGAAUACCAAGACCGCUUCUUGGAAGGUUCUCAACGUUUGGUACCUUAUGACCUGUUGGAAGCCCGUGGUAAAUUAGAUCAGUGUACAGACCCUGAUGCCAAGAAUUACAAGAACGCAAAGGAAUUAUUCCGUAAGGGUUAUGAACUCUGUAUGACUAUUCCUCGCUCCCUUGACGACGACAUCUUGGAAAAGCAUGAGGAAGACAUCAAGACAGCAUCUGAAACUAUGGUCGAAGCCUGGCUUUUGGACGAGCGUGCUGCUCCCAUGUCUGAACGUAUUCUUAUUCUUGGUCAACAAUAUGAAAAGGUUUUAUUAAAGAAUAUUCCUGAAGAAGAAAAGGAAGGAUUCUUUGUCAAAGACAGUCUCUUGUUCUCUGCCUGGAUUUUAUUAGUAGGAAGACAAUUUAAGCACUGUAUCACUACUCUCACAUUAGCCAUUGAUACCUAUCCUGACCUUCCUGCUCGUGUCUUUUUCCUUCGUGCUUCAUGUCAUCUUUCUUUAGGAAAGGCAAGACUUGGUAUUAAAGAUUUAGAGAGAGCCUUGGAGAGAGAUCCCAAUUUCUCUAUUGCUUACUCUGUCCUUGGUUCGGUCUAUUUAUCAUUAGAGAACGAACGUGAAAAUGCCGUCAAGAACUUUAAGCUGUACCUUCAAAAGGGUCAUCCUGAGACAAGUGAUACCGUUCAUGCUCUUUAUGCUCUUUCUGUCCUACUGAACUACAAGAAGAAGAAGUCAGAGGCACAUAAUUACUAUGUGAAGGCUAAGGCCGCUGAAGAGCGUUUCAAAGAACUCUAUGGAGCUCAUACCGGUCUGAGUGAUCUUAAGCGUGAAGCAAUCGAAGCUCACGAGACCCCUGCUGAGGCUGCCAAAUUGAUUGCCUCUUAUGCUCCUAAACAGCAGGUGGAUCAGAAAAUGCAACAGCUUCUCGAAUCUGGUAUUCUCGAAUCAUUCCCUCCUAGUCCUAAUCGAUGCUCUUACUGUUCUGCUUCUCAUGCCAAGAAUAAACCUGAUACUCCUCUUUUAGCCUGUGGUGCCUGCAGAAGUAUCUGGUACUGCUCACGUGAAUGUCAAGUCGCCGACUACCGAUUUUCUCACAAAACCAAAUGCAAGGAGAUGAAGGAAGCAAAGGAAGCCAGUAAAUAA